AUGAUUCAACACUUAAAAAUGCAUCUGAUUGCUCUUCAAGGUGAUCAUGAAAUUCUUUUUUUUUGUUUUUCAAAAUAUCUGUCCAAUACUGACGCUAUCGCUGAUGUGAAUAUCAAUCAAAGUUCUUGUCCUCUAUUCCCUUUGCAUAAUCAUUGUCAUAUGGCUAAAUUUCUCUCGCGUUUAUUUCGGAGUAAUUCCUUAUCGAAAAACGAGUCUUUUAGAAACUCGCAAGGCUCACUGAAUGAUAAUUCAAAUCGCGCUCGAUCAUCGAGUAAUAUUCGAACGACAGCAUCAUUAGAGAACUUCUCGUCUUAUCACGUGACACCCAAAGAAUUAGAAAAGAAUAAAUUACACAAAGCAUCAUGGGAAGGAAAUCUCAAUAAAGUCAUGCGUCUUGCUCAACCAGGACAAAUCAAUGUGAAAGAUCAACAGCAGCGCACUCCGUUGCAUUUAGCUGUUGUCAAAGGACAUCUAGAAAUUGUCAAGCAUCUUGUUCAAAGAGGUGCCAAACUCAAUGUUGUUGAUAGUGACCAACGAACACCACUGAUUAAAGCUGUCCUUAGCGGCAGCCAAAAUCCUCAAUUGAACUAUCAGAUUUGUCAAGUUUUAAUUAACGGUGAUAAUGAUGCUGCUAUCAAUCAUCUGGAUAAACUUGGGCGAAGUGCACUGCAUUAUGCAAUCGAUUAUGGCAACGAAGACCUUGUGAACCUUCUACUUUCGAAUGAAAAUUGUGAUCCAAAUUUGAGAGAUCAAGAACAGAGAACACCAUUGCAUUUAGCCGUCAAACGAAAUAACGUGCUAAUAGUUCGCGCAUUGUUAUCUAAUGAUCACAAGCAACAGGCUGAUCUAAAUCAAGUUGAUCGCAACGGACAAACCCCAUUACAUGUUGCUGCUAGUGUUGGUUAUGCUGACAUCGUUCGACUUCUAUUACUUUCUGAUCUUGAAGAACCGUGUGAUCCAUCUAUUGUCGAUUCUCAACAGUUGACCGCCCUUCAUCUCGCAAAAGCAAACCAUCAAGAGGCAUGCGCAAAGCUAAUAGAAGAGUACCUUGAAAGAUGGUACAAAAAGUCACCACGGCGACCAGCGACAGCAUCGAUUCCUGAUCAAAUAUCAGUCAGAGGCGCCACCGCGAUGUCUAUGCAUCCAGCGCCAAAUCUUCAAGGUCCAAGUGACGAUACAAGCGAUGAUUCAUCAUCAGUGUCGACAAGAAAGCCACCAAAGAUAUCAUCCCAACAUCUUACACAACGACCAAGUGACCAAUGGUCGGAUGAUAAUGGUGGAAGUGCAAGCAUAGCUAAACCAGAAUCUCACGGCUUGACAAAUCUGCUCAAGAGUAAUCCACUACAAACAGAACGAUUAAAAACUACUGAUACUGGUGCAACGGCAAGCGUAGCUAAGCCGGAAUCUCAUGGUAUAGCAAAUCUGCUCAGGAGCAAUCCACUGCAAACAGAACGAGUGAAAACAGAUGACAGUUCAAUACUGAGCAAUCUCGUGACGAGUAAUCCACUACAAACUGAUACAAAGAAACUAACAUCAACUACUCAACCGAAACAGCCAACAUCGUCUUUCUUCGGCAUCGGACCAGUGGUUGAGCGAGUAGGCAGUGACAAUACAUCAACUAGUAUAUCUAUCGAUCAAUCAGUUAUACCGGCAACACAAAUAAAACCCUCCACGACGACUAUGAAUACGACAGUUCUUCACCGAACGGUAUCAAAUACAAGAUCUUGGUCAGAUGAUACGAUCACAGCGCCAGUAGUGCCUCCACUGACAAAAUCAACAGCACUAAAGAAGCUGAUAUCUCCUAAUGAUUCAUGGAGUUCACUACAAUCAGAUGAUGAAGAAAGUGUAUCAAAACCUAAAUCGGCUAUAUCCGCGUUACAAAAAACAUUGCCAUUUUCACCCACGACCAAUUAUAGAGCACACUCGGACAGUGAGGAAGAUUCUGUUGAAACAGAAAUUCGAAAACUAGAUUUGCAGAAACCAUCAGCAAAUGGUUCAACAGUACAAACACUAGUGAAUAAAUCCAUUGGAAAUGGUUAUAAAGUGAUUGGUCCAUCCGAAGUUCACUCAGCAUUGAGUGAUGAUUCUUCAUGGACGCCUUCACCUGCACCUAUCACCAAAGAACCGACGACCAAAGGAGUUGCAAGUUUAGUACAGAAAAUAGACGAUUCAACAUGGGAUGAUUCUCGCCCAUUGAGUGUCGAACCAAUUGAAAAAUCCGUUGGUAAAAGUAUUACAAAUCUUGUAAGUAAUAAACCAGAUCUAUCUGAGCCAAAAUCGACAGGAGUAGAAAAUCUAACUAAAAUGAUGGCAUCGAUUAUGCAUCCAAUUAAACUGCCGUCAACUUCACCGCAAGUGAUUGGGAAAUUAAUCGUUUCUCCAAUGGUUGGUCGCACAGAUUCGGCUCUAUCCGAAAACACUUUGCAUGGAAUUGACUACGACGACGACGACGAUGAUGAUGAUGGUGAUGAUGACUAUGAAAGUAGUUAUGUGAAGAGAAACGAAGAACUAUUGGCUCCAGCACCGAUGGGCCAAGACUUCAAAACUUUACAACACUUAGCACGAACAACAUUGCCUGCUGAUCGAACUAGUUUACGAGAUUCAAUCUCCUCAACGAAAUCAUCGAUACAUGACGUCAACGAGUUGAAAGAGAAUAUUAGACGGCUCGAACGUCAACAGGAAGAUGCUCAGGAAUUAAAACGACAAUUGAAAGAAAUGGAAAACAAAAAGAACGCUUACGAAAAACGAUGCCAAGAAAAUGAUCAAUUGCUACGUGAUAUCGAAGUUAAACUACAAUUAGAAAAGACUGAAAAACAGCGUUUAGAAUCGACAACUAAGGAUUUAAAUAUUGAAUUACGAAAUAUCAAACAACAAUUCCAACACUUAGAAGACGAAAAAGACUCACUGAAUCAACGUUUCAUAAGCUUACAAGAAGAACGCGACAAUCACAAUAAGAAAGUGCGUCUGUUUCAAGCAAAGAAUUCACGUUCGACGUCAUCCAGUUCAACACCUGACGAUGAUAAUGAUGUGGUCGUAUCUCGGCGUCACGAAGAAAUGAAAUCAUUAUCGGCAGCAAGCGAUGAUCUCCACCAUCGUGCAAAACAAUUUCAAGCUGAUGUACAACUACAUAAAGAAUCGGUUGAUCUAACCAAACGAUAUCAAAUAGACUUAGAAAAGGCUCUAGAAGAGAAGCUCUUCUUUCAAGAAGAGCUCGAUCGUCUGAAACGCGAGAAAAGCCUUGUUGAACAAGAACGACUUGAAUACAAAAGUAAAUACAACAGUUUACAAGAAGAGAUACGUUUACUUCUGUCCGAUCGUGCGAAACUCGAACAAACUCUGACGGGAGAAUUGCAAGAGCACAUUCAAGAAAAACAACGAUCGACUGAUGACAUUAAAAAAUAUCGACAAAAGAUCGACGAACUCAACAUGAAACUAGGUGAUGCGGAAUCACGCCUAAUGGCUUUACAAGCACAAAACGAAACAUUGUUAACCUCAAAAGAUCGACAAAUCAAAGAUGACUACGAAUCAUUAGCUCAACGUUUGAACAAAACAGAAUCCGAGCAAAUCCAUGCUACACAACGUUAUCAUAAUCAACACAACGAAUUAACAAAUAAACAACGCACAGUCAACGGCACAAUAUCAGCAAUAACAUCAACGCCUAUUGCAAGUAAACCACCGAUAGUUCAUCAAUCUAUUUCCACUCUGGCAGCAACAACGCCACUAACUCCUAAAAAUGCACAUCAACACACAGCAUCGCUUUCAUGUACGAACUGUCACACAUUACAACGAAGUUAUGAACAAGAACGUGAAUCUCGUCUACACACUGAACAAGACAAUCAAUAUUUACGCGAAACUCUUUCUCGGCAUGGUUCUUAUCAACAUUUAAAUCGAACAUAUGCUCCCGAGCAACCGAACGAGAAUUAUUUAUUACAAAAUUCUCGUCAAAUUCGUUCCGAUACUGAACGUGUCAAAUCCGAACUUGAUCGUUUACGUCAAGAUUUCGACAAAUUAGUGGCCAACUACGAACCAACAAAUUCGUUGCAACAUCAAGCACAAUUACAUUCGCAAAUCGAUACAUUUCGUCAAUUCUACGAACAAGAAUUCCGACAACGACAAGCAACAAUGGCCAAAAUAACAGCUGGAGUUACACCGGCUCGAACGAUUGUGUAUCAUCGAAGUUCUCCGGCGACACAUUACGAUCAUGCACAUGUUAGUGGUGCACCUUGUUCAGCAUGUAUCAACAAUCGUGUACUCAAAGAACGACUCGAAACAGCGAUUGAUUCCAGUUUAGCUGAACAACGCUUACAAACAAUAAAGCAAACGGUUCCUUUGCCACGACAAGCAUCCGCGUUAUUAACAAUUAAUACUACACAUCACGGUUUAAAGUCAUCCGUUGAAAUUCUUCGUUCACCUGAUGAUAUCUAA